CGACCGGGGCGGAGGAAUAGCGUGAGUGAGCAGACGCGGAGCGGCCGCCAUCGGCCGAGCGAAGCCCCGAGUCCGGCGGCGGCGGCGGCGGCAAGUCAGGGAGCGGCGGUCGAUUUUAAACCACCACCACCCUCCUCCUCCCAACCGUUCCCCUCACCCCGGGAACCCCUCGCACCGCGGGAGGCAGACCCGCCCGCCGACUGACACCCGACCGAACCGGGAGGGGAGGGGACCCCGCCUUACCGAGCGAAGCGGACGACGGAUGGUGCGGCCGGAGUGGCGGUUGGUGACCCCGGAGUGACCCCCCCCUCCUCGCGCGCGCCCCCCACGUGCCCGCGCCCGUGACGUCAGCGCCCCCCCCUCCUCUCCCCCCUCCCCCGCCCACGGGGUCGCCAGAUGUCGGAGUUCGAGGAGUUCGUGGCGCCGCCCGAGUGCCCGGUGUUCGAGCCGAGCUGGGAGGAGUUCGGCGACCCGCUCGGCUACAUCGCCAAGAUCCGGCCGGUGGCCGAGCGCAGCGGCAUCUGCAAGAUCCGGCCGCCCCUGGACUGGCAGCCUCCUUUCGCGGUCGAGGUCGACAAUUUCAAGUUCACCCCCCGAAUUCAGCGCCUGAAUGAGUUGGAGGCUCAGACCCGGGUUAAAUUAAACUUCCUGGACCAGAUCGCCAAGUUCUGGGAGCUGCAGGGCUCCACGCUAAAGAUUCCCAAUGUAGAACGGCGAAUCCUGGACUUGUACAGUCUUAACAAGAUCGUCUUGGAUGAAGGAGGCUACGAAGCCAUCUGUCGGGACAGGCGGUGGUCCAGGGUAGCUCAGCGGCUGGGCUACCCCCCAGGGAAAGGCAUCGGCUCCCUGCUGCGCUCCCACUAUGAGCGAGUCAUCUACCCCUUCUACACCUUCCAGUCCGGAGCCAGCCUAGCGUGCCAACCGGGCCCCCAGUAUGACAGUGAGGAGAAGGACCGGGAGUACAAGCCCCACAGUAUCCCGCUGCGCCAGUCGGUGCAGCCCUCCAAGACGAACAGCUACGGGCGCCGAGCCAAAAGGCUGCAGGCCGAGGCGGAGCCGACCGAGGCGGACAUCGCCAAGAACCCAGAGCUCAAGAAGCUUCAGAUUUACGGAGCUGGUCCCAAAAUGGUGGGGCUGGGGCUGGUGGUGAGAGAUCGAGGCAGCAGGAAGAGGGACAAGGAUUGCCUGGACUGCCCGCCCACCCUGGUGGUGAAGGAAGAGAGCGUGGGUGAUGUGAAGCCGGACGCCUGUGCCCUGGAGCCCUGCGUGCAGGUGAAGGAGGAGCGGUCGGGGGGCGAAGCCGCUGGCAAGAUGACCAUGCGGCUGAGGAAGGGAGCCGCCUCCUCACAGCUCGUGGACUCCUACGUCUGCGUCAUCUGCUCCCGCACGGUCGAGGACUCCAAGAUGGUGCUGUGUGAGGGGUGCGAGGACAGCUACCACACCUUCUGCCUCAUUCCCCCGCUGCCCGAGAUCCCACGAGGAGACUGGCGCUGUCCAAAGUGCGUCGUUGAAGAGUGUAAGAAACCGGCCGAGGCUUUUGGCUUUGAGCAGGCGACGAGGGAGUACACUCUGCAGAGUUUUGGCGAGAUGGCGGACAGCUUCAAAUCUGAUUACUUCAACAUGCCUGCUCACAUGGUCCCCACUGAGCUGGUGGAGAAGGAGUUCUGGCGGCUGGUGAGCAGCAUUGAGGAGGACGUCACGGUGGAGUAUGGAGCUGACAUCCACUCCAAGGAGUUCGGCAGUGGCUUCCCGACCAAGGGCGGCAGGCGACAGCUGGCCCCGGAGGAGGAGCAGUACACGGCCUGUGGCUGGAACCUGAACGUGAUGCCGGUGCUGGAACAGUCGGUGCUGUGUCACAUCAACGCCGACAUCUCCGGCAUGAAGGUGCCCUGGCUCUACGUGGGCAUGUGCUUUGCUGCCUUCUGCUGGCACAUCGAGGACCACUGGAGCUACUCCAUCAACUACCUCCACUGGGGAGAGCCCAAGACCUGGUACGGUGUGCCGGCGUACGCAGCUGAGCAGCUGGAGGCUGUGAUGAAGAAGCUGACGCCGGAGCUGUUCGAGAGCCAGCCUGACCUCCUGCACCAGCUGGUCACCAUCAUGAACCCCAACAUCCUGAUGUCCCACGGAGUGCCAGUGGUGAGGACCAACCAGUGUGCCGGAGAGUUCGUCAUUACCUUCCCCAGGGCUUAUCACAGUGGCUUCAACCAAGGCUACAACUUCGCAGAGGCUGUCAAUUUCUGCACUGCGGACUGGCUGCCAGCCGGGCGCCGCUGCGUGGAGCACUACCGCUGGCUGCGGAGGUACUGCGUCUUCUCCCACGAGGAGCUGAUCUGCAAGAUGGCGGCCUGCUCGGAGAAGCUGGACCUGGGGCUGGCAGCAGCCGUGCACAAGGAAAUGUUCAUCAUGGUGCAGGAGGAGCGCAAGCUGAGGAAGGCCCUGCUGGAGAAGGGCAUCACAGAGGCGGAGCGGGAGGCUUUCGAACUGCUGCCGGACGACGAGAGGCAGUGCGACAAGUGCAAGACCACCUGCUUCCUGUCCGCCCUGGCCUGCUACGACUGCCUGGAGCGGCUGGUCUGUCUGUACCACAUCGACGACCUGUGCAGCUGCCCUCCCAGCCGGCACUACCUCAGGUACCGCUACACCCUGGACGAGCUGCCGGCCAUGCUACACAAGCUCAAGAUCCGGGCGGAGUCCUUCGACACCUGGGGGGCCAAGGUCAGGACGGCACUGGAGCAGGAGGGCAAGCAGAGGAGAACGCUGGAGGACCUGAAGGCGCUGGUGGCGGAGGCGAAGGAGAAGAGGUACCCGGACAGUGGGCUGCUGCAGCAGCUGAAGAGCACCGUGCAGGAGACGGAGAGGUGUGUCGCCGAGGCCCUGCAGCUGGUCUGUAGCAAGAAGGGCGCCAGGUCGCAGACGGAUGGCCCCCAAUCCACGACCAAGCUGACGGUGGAGGAGCUGCGGACGUUCCUCGAGCACCUGCACAGCCUGCCAUGCGCCAUCGGCCAGAUCCAGGACGUACAGGAGUUACUGGAGGAGAUCGAAGCCUUCCAGGCGCAGACGCAGGUGGCCCUGAAGGAGCUGCCACCCAGCUCCCAGCGGUUCCGGGACCUGAUCGAGCAGGGCCGGCGGCUGGCGGUGGAGCUGCCAGAGGUGGGCCGGCUGAGGCAGGAGGCGCAGCAGGCCGAGUGGUUGGAUGAGGUGCGGGAGACCCUGGCUGGGUCUGGCCGGGUGACGCUCGACCUCCUGAGGCCCCUCCUGGAGUCGGGCUCGCGGCUGGAGCCCCAGCCCGCCGUGGAGAAGGCCAUGGUGGAGCUGCAGGAGCUGGUGACCAUCUCGGAGCGGUGGGAGGAGAAGGCGCAGAUCUGCCUGGAGGCCAGGCAGAAGCACCCAGCGGCCACGUUGGAAGCCAUAAUAAAGGAGGCGGAAAACAUCCCGGUGGAGCUGCCCAAAGUCCUGGCCCUGAAGGAGGCGCUGUCCAAGGCCAAAGCCUGGAUCGCGGACGUCGAGGAGAUACAGAAUGGAGACCACUACCCCUGCCUGGAUGACCUGGAGGGGCUGGUGGCCGUGGGGCGAGACCUGCCCGUCCGCAUGGAGGAACUGCCUCAGCUGGAGAGCCAGGUGGCAGCGGCCCAGUCCUGGAGGGAGAAAGCCACCAGGACCUUCCUGAAGAAGAACUCCUGUUACUCGCUGUUGGAGGUGCUGUGCCCCUGUGCUGACGUGGGUCUGGACAACGUCAGGAGGUCCAAGUGGAAGAAAGCGAAAGAGAACCUCCUGGACAAGGGGGACACCGAGGGUCUCGGAUUAUCAGCACAGGACAUUCGGGAUCCCGGAUCGAUAAUCCUGGCCUUCAAGGAGGCAGAGGCGAAGGAGAAGGAGGGGAUCCGUGCGCUGCGGAGGAGGAACGCAGCGGGGCAGGCGGGGGGCUGUGUGUGUGGGCAGCCGGCGGCCGAGCUGGUGCUGCGGUGCGAGCUGUGCGGCGGCAGCUUCCAUGGCACCUGUGUCAGCUGCCCGCGUCUGCCAGCGCCGCGCCGCUCGCCCGCCUGGUGGGACUGGGACACCAAGUUCCUGUGCCCCCUGUGCCAGCGCUCACGCCGGCCCCGGCUCCAGCUCAUCCUCUCGCUGCUGGUGGCCCUGCAGAAGCUGCCGGUGCGGCUGCCCGAGGGAGAGGCCCUGCAGUGCCUGACCGAGAGGGCCAUCCUGUGGCAGGACCGGGCCCGCAGGGCCAUGGCCACCCGCGAGGUGGGCGCCGUGCUCGACCGGCUACUCCAGCUGCAGCCCCUCGCCCAGGGGGGCACCGACCCCGAGGGAGGCACCCCCACCGACAGGAGCCGGGCUGGGGGGCCCCCCAGGAAGGUAGAUGAGCAAAAGGCUGAGGCGGUGGACUGGACGGGAGAGGGCAAGGAGGCCGACAGUAACGCGACGGCAGCAGAUGCAGAGGAGCUGAGGCUGGACUGCCCCGCUGUCCAGCUGUCGGAGACACAGCAGCAGCAGCUGGAAGAGCUGAUGGUGGACGGGGAUCUGCUGGAGGUGACGCUGGAUGAGAGCCACAACAUCUGGAGGGUCCUCCAGGCCGUACGUUCCCCUCCCCAGGAGAAGAUCCAGACCCUGCUGCAGAUAGAGAAGCUGGAAAGCAAGCUGGCCAAGCUGCGGGGGAAGGACUCGGCAGAGAAACGGCGCAAGAGGAAACCGGAGAGGGGAGACUCCCUCCUGCUGCCGGGGACCGAGGAAGCGGAGGGACAGGAGCCGGCCGAGCUGAAGAGGCCCAAGGCGGAGGCGGCGAGGGGGGAGGGCGUGAUGGAGCGGCAGGGAGGGGACUUCGGGACGUCACAGAGUCCGGUCACACACAACGGAGUGGAGCAUUUAUGAUUGAAGGUUGUGCAAGAGACAUUGAACUAAGUUGGACCAGGGCUGUCCGGCCCCGCCCACCAGGAGUGAUUUUUGGGGUUUGGGAGUGGGGGGAGGAAGGGGUUGGGUGUUGCCGAGACAGGAGCCAGGAGCGGACGCUGACCACGGACAGAACUGCCGAUCGACGGACACGAGGAGAUCCGCCAUGCAGCCGGGAGGCAGAGAAAUCACUUGCGGUGGGAGCACCAGGACCCUGAACGUCUCCUUCCCCCUCCCCACCCGAGGGGACGGGGCUGAAGUCUGCUCCCAUCCAGCUGCGGCAGAGCAGUUGCCUUGAAAGCUCCGGGAAAGUCUCUCCCCAAUCCCCCCUUCGUACCCCCCACCAACUCCUCGUCCACCCCUGUGUGUGUGUGUGUGUGUGUGUGUGUGUGUGUGUGAGAGAGGGAAGGGGGCAAUAGGAGGAUCAUGCAGUCCGGAAACCUCCACCCUCCCCCCCUUCCCUUCUCCCAGCCAAGUUUGCGCCUUCUCCGAGGAGUCUCCUUCUCUCUCCGGGCCUGGAAGAGAGAGAGGAGCGGCAUCCGCGGUGACAGGGGCCUCACGAUUUAUUUCCAGUGUCUGUUGUCGUUGAAGGAAGCGGCGAGAAUUAUGCGCCCGCAUAUUUAAUUUCUUGCAGCAGUUUCUGGCAGAGAACCUCAGGGCAUUCGUGCAGUCCGGAUUACUCGUUGCAACUCCCAGAUUCUCUCUCUCCCCCCCCCCACCUCUCGCUCCAAGGUAUUGCGUGCAGGCUGGUACUAUCUGAACCGCCAAAGGGUUCCUGGGUGCACCAGGUGUCACCCGCUGUGUCCAUGGCAGCAAACCGCCUCUCUGCAUAACUUUCUUUUUAUUUAAAAGGUAAAAACGCCUCCAUUUGUAAAGCACUCACGCAAUCCGUCUUGUGUAUAUAGUUUCGACCGCACAUUGUACAUUCUUUCCUGAUAGGGGCCAGCAUGCACACACACAAGGGGCUAGUGUUGGUUCUGCCUUGACCAGCUCUCCUGCUCGGUCACCUCCCUUAAAGGCACACACCCCUAACACCGAGCAGGAGGGUAGGAGCCUACCUCAACCCCAGAGGGGGAGGGGGUGGGUGGUUGAGGCGGAACCCGCAGCAAGGUUGCAGGGAGGCUGCAAACUCACUCGCUCCCUCCCUCCCUCACUCCCUGGUCUCAACUCCCCCCACAGUCCCUCCCAACCCAAGCCCCACCUCCUCCUUGCCCCUCCUGACAGACUUUCUUAAUACAUUGUAAUUAAUAUUCCGAGUGUAAGUAAUUUGUUAUAACUAUUCUUUUUCCUUUUAUGCUUUUUUUUGGUCUAUUUCGGGGUCCCACUAGAAAUAAAAGUUUAGAGAUGUGUUUAAAAAAAAGAUUUCAUGUCCUGUAUACUUGGACCCCCUCCACACUCAACUGUUCUGUCCCAGUGACACAAGGCAGGGAUCAUUGGUACAAAUCUCAGCAGCCGAGGCUGACAGUCGAGGAGCAUGUCUCCCGCUAGCUUUCUCACAGG